GGCGCGGGGUGGUUAUUUUGACUUUUCAGCCCAAGAAAUCAGCUCUAAAGGUUGCAUAAAGACAAGAUGUUACAAGCGUGUGAUGAUCAAGUAGUUGACGGUCAAGAUUACGAUGACCAGGACGAUGAAUCAUUUUAUCAAGAUAUUGAUAUGCUGCAAAAUCACGGAAUCAAUGUUGCAGACAUCAAAAAAUUGAAAACCGCUGGAAUUUGUACUGUUAAGGGAGUUCAAAUGACCACAAGAAAGCGACUAUGUCAGAUCAAGGGUAUAUCUGAAGCAAAGAUGGAAAAGAUUAAGGAAGCAGCUACCAAGUUGAGUAAUGAUGGAUUUGUUACAGCACUCGAGUAUAGUGAUAUGAGAAAAAUGGUGUUUAGAGUCUCUACUGGGAGCAGUGAGUUGGACAAGCUGCUAGGAGGUGGUAUUGAAAGUAUGUCAAUAACAGAAGUUUUUGGAGAAUUCAGAACUGGAAAGACGCAACUGUCACACACCCUUUGUGUCACAGCUCAACUUCCAGGUCCAGGAGGCUACACAGGAGGAAAGGUUAUCUUUAUUGAUACAGAGAACACAUUCCGUCCAGAUCGACUGCGUGAAAUAGCAGAUAGGUUCAACCUAGAUCAGAAUGCUAUGUUAGACAACGUUCURUACUGUAGAGCAUAUACAAGUGAACAUCAGUUCGAACUUUUGGACAGUGUUGCUGCCAAGUUCCAUGAAGAAAUGGGUGUAUUCAAACUAUUAAUUGUGGACUCWGUAAUGGCGUUGUUCCGGGUUGAUUUCUCCGGGCGAGGUGAACUUGCAGACAGACAGCAAAAACUUGCGCAAAUGUUGUCAAAACUGCAAAAAUUAUCAGAAGAGUUCAAUGUUGCAGUUUUUAUAACUAAUCAGAUGACAGCUGAUCCUGGAGCAACGAUGAGUUUUCAGGCGGAUCCUAAAAAGCCUAUUGGAGGUCAUAUUCUCGCCCAUGCUUCGACAACUCGCAUUAGUCUCAGAAAAGGGAGAGGAGAGACUCGAAUCGCGAAAAUCUACGAUAGUCCUGACUUGCCAGAAAAUGAAGCAACAUUUGCGGUUACAUCUGGAGGUAUUGCCGACGCAAAGGAGUGAUUCAUGGCAAAUUAACUGUUUAGAUUAUUGUACACGUUCAAUUUUCAUUAUGCUUGAUAUCUUUCGGAUCAAGCUGAAGGUAACUUGACAAUGCCAUUGUGAAUAUUCGAUUCCYACGCAUAGGUAGGACCCUUGAUCGCGAGCGUUCAUGGCGUUGAUUUUUUGUAAAUGAAAUUCAGCCUUGAUUA